AUGGAAAAAGAAAACAACUCGUGUAUGGCAGAAUUCCUCCUCCAGGGACUUUCAGAUUAUCCUGAACUGCAACCUGCCCUCUUUGCCCUCUUCCUGUCCAUGUACCUCAUCGCAGUAAUUGGGAACCUGCUCAUCAUCCUGGCCACUACCAGUGACUCCCACCUCCACACACCCAUGUACUUCUUCCUGUCCAAUCUGUCAUUUGUGGACAUCUGUUUCACUUCCACCAUUGUCCCAAAGAUGCUGGUAAACAUCCACACACAGCAUAAAAACAUCUCCUACAGGGAAUGCCUGACCCAGGUGUACUUUUUUAUAAUCUUUGCUCUAAUGGAUAAUUUCCUACUGAGCAUCAUGGCCUAUGACCGCUUUGUGGCCAUCUGUCAUCCCCUGAAAUACAUGGUCAUCAUGAGGCCCCACCUCUGUAGUCUCCUGGUGAUGAUGUCUUGGAUCACAAUCUUCUGGGAUGCCCUGAUCCACCUUCUACUAAUUACGCAUCUGACAUUCACCAGAGGAACAGAAAUCCCACAUUUCUUCUGCAAUCUGCCUCCACUCCUGCAAGUGGCCAGCUCAGAUACCCAAAUCAAUAAAAUUGUCUUGUACAUAUCAACUGCCCUACUGGGUGUGUUUCCUGUCACUGGGAUCCUCUUGUCUUACUCUCAGAUUGUGUCCUCUUUAAUGAAGAUGCCCUCUUCUACAAGCAAGUCAAAGGCAUUUUCUACCUGUGGGUCUCACCUGUGCAUGGUCUCCUUGUACUAUGGGACAAGCUUUGUGGAAUACCUUAGUUUCACGUUCACACAUUCUUCUCAAGCAAGCAUGAUCACUUCUGUGAUGUACACUGUGGUGACCCCCAUGCUGAACCCCUUCAUCUACAGCCUGCGGAACAAGGAUGUGAAGGGAGCCCUGAGAAGACUUCUCAUCAGAGGAGCCUCUUGUCCUUAA